UAUUGCGAAUGUCUAUACGUUACAACUACCACCAAGAUACCAUUGAUUGUUAAUCUCCGAAGGGAAUAAUCAAAUCUUGCGUGUUUAGUUAGCCAUUCCUUUCCUUACGGCCUUCUGUAAUGGCAAGCCGCGCACUUGUUUAUGCCGUUCUGAUUGUCAUGACUUCUGCAAUUAGUUGCAGAUCAGGAUAUGCACAAGAUCCGGGACAAAUUCUUAUAAAAGCACUGUCAUGCUUCAAUGCAAACAAAAUCUAUACUAGGUGCACGGAAGCAUACAGACUAACGCAGAGUGGAUACCUCAAUAUACCUUCUGCUGCAACAGAUCAGUUCUGCUAUGGCCCUUGUUUGGCAGAAACACACCUUGUCCUUGACUGUGUCGACCAUUCCCUGUCCAAAUUUGUAUUCUACAAUAAGGCCACAAGUAAUGACAUACGAGCAACACUUCAAGCAGCUUGCAGCCAUACACAUGAAAGAGGAAACUUCGACGUGGGAGAAUACAUGCAGGAAUAUUUGCGGGAUGAAUGGAGCAGUGCGAACCUACCUCCUCUACCAAACAACCUGUUCACCUUGAUUUCUGUUUCUUCAGCAUUAGUUCUCAUGAUAAGAGAAGCUCUGUGAUGCCCUGUCUGACAGAAAGGCAAAUACUUAUUAGAAAUACUAGUACUUCAGAAAAGAAGUAGAUUUGCUUCUUUCUAUUGGCAACUAAAUGAAUGCGAGAAG